AUGGGAAAUUUGAGCUCAUCAUUAUCAUGCAUUAAAAUCCAAACUAUAUCAAACUCAAAAAAUAUAGCAAAGUUAGUUGAUUCAUCAGGGCAAAUGAGACUUGUGAAUCUUCCUACAACAGUUGCUGAAUUAAUGCUUGAGAAUCCGGGUUUCGUGCUUACUCCGGUGGAAGAACUCGAGAGAGAUCACCGGAUACCGGCGAUGAGAGCUGAUGAUGAGUUACUUGGUCGGAAAGUUUACCUAUUGGUGCCGGUUGAUAAAGUCAACUCUAGGUUAUCUGACUUGCAACUAGCUGCUAUUAAGAAUGUAAUGAGUUUAUAUUGUGAUCAUAAAGUAGGUAAAAGGACACGUGGAAGUUCUAAGGUUUCUCCUUCUUUGGGGAGUACUGGCUUAGCCGGUCAGAAUUUGGAGGAAUUUGGCGGGAAUAGUAGUAAUACCGGUGCAAUCGGUCAAAGAAAGAGAAUUUGUUAUGCUUGGAGACCUGUUCUUGAACCUAUCUUGGAAGAGUGCUAA